UGCGCAGAAGAUCGAGGACGCAGCAGCAGAGAAGAGUUAUUUCCGAGUCGGUAUUAUUUCUGAAGUUCUAGACUCGGUUGUGUCUGUUUGUUGGAACUGAGAGCUGAUGAUGGUGGAGAACUCUCCUUCUCCUCUGCCAGAGAGAGCCAUCUACGGCUUCGUGCUGUUUCUGGGCUCGCAGCUCGUCUUCUGUCUGUAUGUGGUCUGGGCUGUGGUUCCUGACGCUUGGCUUCACUCGGCUGGACUGACGUACUGGCCUCAGAAAUACUGGGCUCUGGCGGCACCCAUCUACCUGCUGGUCACUUUAAGCACCUGUCUAGUGCUGCUGUUCGGGGUGAAUCUCAUGAACACGGCUCCGCUUGCAUCCGUGCACAACAUCACAGAUCACUACGCCAAGAGUCAGCGUGCGGACGAGGAUCAGGACGGAGCCAUUCCCAGACUCCGAGACGUUCCCAUCAGUGAAGUAAACCGUGUCUUCUUCCUGGAUCCUGGCGCGCAGUGAUGUGUUUGCUCAGGGUUUAGACGAUCAGAUCCAUCAUCCUCGUGACAGGCCUGAGAUCUGACCGUCAGGUGACCCUUGACCCUUGGACAGACCUGUGCUGUGUCUCCAGAGCAUCGCACACACACUGAAGCGAUGAUCUACUUAUGAAGCACUUCAGCAGAGCUUCAGGUUUUCCUCAAACUCCUGAUCUGUGGUGUGUGGUCAGACCGUGACCUCUGUGACCUCAGGCUGAGGUGAAACAGACCUGUGUUCCUGCAGACAUUGACCCUCGUGAGCAAACAGUCCGGUGACCAGCCGUCAUUUGACCUAUGACCCCAUGACCCUGUGACCUCACCACACGGAGGAAAACUGCUGCUUUUCUUAUGUUUGUUUAAUGUAUUAGAAUACAAUGUCUUUCAUUAUACUGCAAAACAAUUACAUGAUGAAGAAGUCACGACAACAUAGAUUUUUAUAAAAAAAAAAAACGUUUUUGAACUUGAUAUGAUUUAAGUUGUACAGCCAGUUUGAUUCAACCUAAACAUUUCUGGCAGCAGCUGACUUCUAUACAGUCUAGAAUUGUCUAUGUGUUAUUCACACACUGUUGUUAUCAAUCAUCCAGCCUGUUUUAAACUUUAUACUGUUAUUAAUAUUAUUAAUAUUAAAUGGAACCCAUGUUGAGC